GCCCCGAGAGCAGAGGUGGGAUCUCCCCUUCUUGGGCCUCCAACGCUACGAGCUUAGCGGAGCGCCUCGCGGGCGGUUUCCUCCCACAGGAAACCACAGGCGUUGGGCACACCCAGCCUGCAGGGAGGAGCGCCUACUGCCCGCCGACUCCGGGGAGGCCCAAGUGGGCAGCAGCCGACCACUAAAGGGGCGAGGAGGUGUGGUCAGACAGGGGCGUGACCGGAAGGCGGGGGCGGUGCGAGGAGCCGGGUGCCCCGCCCACUUCCGCCUCUCAGUCUGCGGACUCCGUGGGCAGCGAAGGGAUUUUUCGUGCCUUAAGAGGCCGUUGGCCGCGCAUGCGUAGUGAGGUGCUGGGAGGACCUGAGGCGGUGGUGAGCAUUACUCCCCCUCACAAGUCCCGGCGCCGGCACCGCCUUCCUGCUAAUGAAGCCUCAAAAUAACGUGGUCCUAAGAUACGCUUCUCUCCGGCCCUUCCCGAAGGACCUCGGUCUUCCAGAUGUUUUGCUCUCAACCUUGCCUCCAAUUCCCGGAAACACAGCCCGAUCCUCGCAGGCCCGUGUUCCCCUUGCAGCCCCUCCCGACCGCCCGCAGGCCUUUCCAGCUAGAGUGCCUCCUGGUUAGCCCCGCCCCCACAAGUCUUGGGAACCACGGUCCUUCCAGCGCCCUCCCAGCGGACUCCUCACGCGCUCUUCCAGCCACGCCCCUCCUUGGCCCAAGAAACCCCGCCCUCCUCAGGUAUCCGUGCUCCUCCCCUCGAGAGUCCCCGCAGCCCCGCCCUUCACAGUAACCAGACCACAACAGUGAGCUAGGAGCGCCAAGGACAGGGCAAGCACUCCAGCAGGAGUCCCACCCUCUUUGGGAAAGAUGCCUUCAGGAUUCUCUGCAGGGAACAACCGCUCCGAGAAUGGCAGCGAGGCCUACCUCGAGGGAAUGGUGGACUGGGAGCUGAGCAGAUUGCUGCGGCAGUGCAAAGUGAUGGAGGGUGAAAGGCGGGCCUACAGCAAGGAAGUCCACCAGCGCAUCAAUAAGCAACUUGAGGAGAUCCACCGCCUAGAGGAGGUGCGGGACAAACUUCAGGUGCAGAUCAGCGUCGCCCAGAGCCAGGUCAAGCGGCUGCAGGACAAUGAGAGGCUGAAGAACAUGGGCCGCUUGCUGAAGUGCCAGGCCCAGGUGCAGGCCGAGGUCAAGGAGCUGCAGGAGCAGGCCAGGACCCUGGACAGGCAGAUCCAGGAGUGGGAGACCCGGAUCUUUGCCCAUAGUAAGUCUGCUAGGGCCCCGGGAGUCAUUGUGAACCAGAAGGCCAAGAUCCAGAGAAGGAUCAACAUCCUGGAAGACCAGUUGGACAGGGUCACCUGUCGCUUUGAUAUCCAGCUGUUGCAGAACGCAGCCCUGCGGGAGGAGCUGGAUCUCCUGCGGGUCGAGAGGACCCGAUAUCUGAACGUGGACCGCAAGCUGCAGAAGAAGAUCCAGCUCCUGCGGGACACCAUCAGAGCCCUCAUAGUCUCUUCCACCUCAGCUUACGCCGUCAGGGAGGAGGCGAAGGCCAAGAUGGUAAUGCUGCGGGAGAGAGCGGACAAGGAGGUGGCCCAGAACGACACGGAGGUGCAGACUCUGCAGCGGCAGAUAGCGCACCUGGAGAACCUGCACCGCUUCCUCAAGCUCAAGAAUGAUGAUCGGCAGCCGGAUCCGGCCAUCGUGCAGAAGCGCGAGAAACGGGCCCGGGAGGUGGUCGAGGGCCUCCGGAAGACCUCCCAGGAGAAGCUGGUGCUGCUCUACGAGGACACCCUGAAUAAACUGUCCCAGCUGACCGGGGAGAGCGACCCGGACCUGCUGGUGGACAAGUACCUGGAGAUGGAGGAGCGCAACUUCGCCGAGUUUAACUUCAUCAAUGAGCAGAACUCGGAGCUGGAGCAUCUGCAGGAGGAGAUCAAAGAGAUGCAGGAGGCCAUAGAGAGCACGCGCAGCAGCGAGGCUACCCGGCGGUCGCUGCAAAAGCAGCAGCGGGAGGUGUUGCAGCAACGCAUGGAUGAGGUGCGCACAGAGGCCGACAACCUCCAGACCCUCUCCCAGGAAUUACAAGGGCAGCUGGAGAAGCUCAAGGCCGAUAUCCAGAAGCUCUUCACCAAGGCCCAGUGUGACAGCACCAUCAUCAAUGACCUCCUGGGAGUCAAGACCUGUAUGCGGGACAGAGACAUCAGCCUCUUUCUGGGCCUCAUUGAGAAGCGGCUGGUGGAGCUCCUAACCGUGCAGGCCUUCCUAGCCGUCCAGAGCUACACCUCCUCCAGCUUGGCCAAUGCUGCCCUCCUGGUGCUGGGCCAGAGCCCCGAGGAUCUUCCUAAGAAGAUGGCCCCACCUCAGCUCCCUGACAAUCUGGAGGACCCCCUCGGCUUUGAGGCCAAGGAGGACUAUCCGCUGAGUAAGGAGGAGCUGCUGAGCCAAGUGAUGAAGUCGCUAGAAGCUCGGGAGCAAGCUCGGGAGCAGCAUCUGAAGGAGCUGGUCGAGGUCGUGAGGAAGGUCGACAGCAGCUCAAACAUAACCAUCUCCAGUACCCAGAAGACCGGCUCAGGCACACCUCUGGUGAUCGCCAGGAGCCCUAGUAAUAUUCCCGCGUCUAUCCUGAGCUACAGGACUAGUGGCAUCCUGAUGUCUGGCGGAGGUCAUGCCCCCAUCUCCAGUGUUGGCCACAUCGCCUUUGGUGACCCCACCUCCAGUGCAGGUCAUAGGACCCAGGGCUCCAUCAGUGCCAGCCAGAGCUCAGCUGGGGGCCGUGUGACCUUCAGAUCCCUCAGCUCUAGUAGCUACCUGGGGUCCACUGGGUACUUGGGGUCCAGUGGAGGCCUUGGAAGCCUAGGAGGUGUGCACAGCAGAGGCACCGAGUCAGAAUCGAGCAGAGGCCCGUGGUCCAGCAGAGGCCAAGCCUCGAGUGCUGGCCCAGCCUCCAACACUGUUCCGGGCUCCACCACUAGCAAAGACUCCUAGAACUUCAACUAGGGGCCUCAGUGCCCACCCUGUCUCUGGCUCCUUGGA